GGAGGGAUCGACAGAUUAGCGAGUCUCCCUCCCUCUCUCCAACCCUCCCUCUCUUUCUCUCCCUCUGCCUCUCUCCAUCCCUUUCUCUCUCACUCGCUUUCUGCGCUGUUGGUGGAUGUCAGGCGGUGGAUCGGCUCCUUGUUUCGGUCGGACCCGGAGUUUUGUCUUCAUCUUUUUCAUAGGCGCGCUCUUCUCUUGUGCGCUCCUGGACGCGGAGGAAUCGGGGAGCUCACGACCAUGGGGUCACCAUCACCUUCACCUUCAGCACCACACUUUACUUUCUUCUCCGCGGCGCUGGAUCAGGAGGAGAGCGCACUAAAAUAAUAAUAAUUUAAAAAACAAACAAAAAAAGCUAACAAAAAAUCCUCUUGUGGGCUUUGUCGUCGAAUUACAUUGCGGGGGAACUUUUCUCUUAACAUUACGCAUAUAUUAAUCUAACAGCGUGUGGAAUGGAGAUCCCAACUUUCCUGCUUUCCAGUCUCGCUCUGCUCUUCGUCGGAGGAGAUAUUUUCACCAGGGCCAUGCUGAGUGACGUUGGGGACUAUGUAGGUACAGACAUUGAAAUAUCCUGGUUACCUAAUCUGGAUGAUUUAAUGAAGGGCUAUGCCAGAAAUUUUCGCCCUGGGAUAGGAGGUCCGCCCGUGAACGUGGCCAUGGCUAUAGAAGUAGCCAGCAUUGACCACAUCUCUGAAGCCAACAUGGAAUACACCAUGACUGUGUUCCUGCGGCAGAGCUGGCACGAUGACCGCCUGUCCUACAAUCACACUAACAAGACUCUCGGACUGGACAGUCGGUUUGUGGACAAGCUGUGGCUGCCCGACACCUUCAUCGUUAACGCCAAAUCUGCUUGGUUUCACGAUGUGACCGUAGAGAACAAGCUGAUCCGCCUGCAGCCUAACGGAGUGAUUCUAUAUAGCAGCCGAAUCACCUCGACAGUGGCGUGUGACAUGGACCUUACCAAGUAUCCCAUGGACGAACAGGAAUGCAUGCUGGAUUUGGAAAGCUAUGGUUACUCCUCAGAGGACAUUGUGUAUCACUGGUCGGAGAGUCAGAGACACAUUCACGGUUUGGACAAAUUAGAGCUUUCCCAGUUCACCAUCACGGACUACCGCUUUGACACUGAGAUGAUGAAUUUCAAAUCAGCGGGACGCUUUCCGAGGCUCAGUCUUCGCUUCCAGCUGAGACGUAAUCGAGGCGUCUACAUCAUCCAGUCGUACAUGCCUUCGAUAUUACUGGUUGCAAUGUCCUGGGUGUCCUUCUGGAUCAGCCAAUCAGCAGUUCCAGCUCGUGUAUCCUUAGGGAUUACAACCGUUCUAACCAUGACCACGCUGAUGGUAAGCGCCCGCUCGUCCUUGCCCCGAGCGUCCGCCAUCAAGGCGUUAGAUGUCUACUUCUGGAUCUGUUACGUGUUUGUGUUUGCGGCCCUCAUCGAGUACGCCUUUGCUCACUACAACGCUGACUACCGACUCAAAGAGAAAGCCAAGGUCAAGGCCAGCAAGCUCAGCUCCGAGUCUAUCGUAAAGAACGGCAAACAGGCAAUGGUUCUGUUUUCCCUGUCAGUCACCGGCAUGAAUCAGGGCGUGGUCAUUUCCAGCCGCCACGGUCGAGCCCAGCGUUCCAGCAGCGAAAUUCCCGGGGAGGGUGGAACGGAGGAGACGGAGCCGAGGCGGAGAAGGUCCAGGCAACCGGAGGAGCGCGAGGAAGAGAAGAAGAAGUGCUGUUCCAAGUGUGUCUGCAAGCCCAUUGAUGCAGACACCAUCGACAUCUAUGCCAGGGCCGUGUUUCCUUUCACUUUCGCCGUGGUGAACGUGAUCUACUGGGUGGCGUACACCAUGUGAAGAGGAGGCAGCGGGUCUGAUCGAAUGGCUGCCAUCCAGAGCUGUAUAUAAGAAACUGCUGGAGCUGUGCCACUUUAAUGCUGGCAGACUGGUGCAGCAGAAAUAUACUGCAGCCUUCAGUAAAGGCGAGAACUCAUCAGACGAAAGACAAAAUAAAGUAUAAUGGCCUGUGAAUAUGGAAAUAUGGUAAUUACUGGAAGUACGUAGAAGUUUAAGAAGUUUUAAGAGGAUUAAAAUAUAUUUAAACACAAAAAUGUCCUGCAAAGGCGAAGGACUAUGUUGCCUGUGGAAGAUUCACAUACAGCACACAUUUAAUACAGUUUAACUAACAACAAGCACUUCCACAUCGACCUGUUAUAUAAGCCGACUUAACACGAGACACCAGACCUCACGUCCACCAAAACAGCCGUACUGACCACAAGCUCUCCUCUAAACAAAUACAAAUAAGCAUACUUAGCCAGUCUAACUCAGAGCCACAAUCAGUGAACCGCUUGUUAUCUCACAAAGCGAAAACACCACCCAGACAAGAGGAUAACGAGAUGAGGUGUACUGCUAUUCUGCAUGGCUGAGAACUCAUUUCCCCCUCUCCCCUCCCGCCACUGCUAUCCCCUCUCCUUCUCUCUCCCCUUUGGUCCUCCACCCAUUUUUUUUUCUGUUUAUUUUCACGUUUAGGACACCGACUGGAGGGUCUUAUCUCCCUCUGCCAGUUCUGCCUGUUUCCUUGCCAUUAAAGGACUUCCUCCACUA